AUCCGGGGACUGGGCUCGGCGCUGCUCGUUCGCCCUAAAGGUACCAAUAUGGCGGAGGCUUCUUUUGGAAGUUCGAGCCCAGUUGGGUCUUUGUCUUCUGAGGAUCAUGAUUUUGACCCCACUGCUGAGAUGUUGGUCCAUGACUAUGAUGACGAAAGAACUCUUGAAGAAGAGGAAAUGAUGGAUGAGGGCAAAAACUUUAGCUCUGAAAUUGAAGACUUAGAAAAGGAAGGAAAUAUGCCUCUGGAAGAUUUACUGGCAUUCUAUGGCUAUGAAACUACAAUUCCAGCGGUUGCAAAUUCCAGUGCAAAUAGCUCCCCAAGUGAACUUGCAGAUGAACUACCAGAUAUGACACUAGACAAAGAAGAAAUAGCAAAAGAUCUAUUAUCUGGUGAUGAUGAAGAAACUCAGUCUUCUGCAGAUGAUCUGACACCAUCUGUGACUUCCCAUGAAACUUCUGAUUUCUUCCCUAGGCCUUUACGAUCAAAUACUACAUGUGAUGGGGAUAAGGAAUCAGAAGUUGAAGAUGUUGAAACAGACAGUGGUAACUCACCUGAAGAUUUAAGGAAGGAAAUAAUGAUUGGUUUGCAGUAUCAGGCAGAGAUUCCCCCUUAUCUUGGAGAAUACGAUGGUAAUGAGAAAGUGUAUGAAAAUGAAGACCAAUUACUCUGGCGUCCUGGUGUGGUUUUAGAAAGCAAAGUUAAGGAGUACCUUGUUGAGACCUCAUUAAGAACUGGAAAUGCAAAAAUAAUGGAUAGGAUUUCUGCAGGAACUCACACAAGGGACAAUGAACAGGCAUUAUAUGAACUUCUGAAGUGUAACCACAAUAUAAAGGAAGCAAUUGAAAGGUAUUGCUGCAAUGGAAAGGCAUCUCAAGAAGGAAUGACUGCGUGGACAGAAGAAGAAUGCCGGAGCUUUGAACAUGCACUUAUGCUUUUUGGAAAGGAUUUUCAUCUCAUACAGAAGAAUAAGGUGAGAACUAGAACAGUUGCUGAAUGUGUAGCAUUCUACUACAUGUGGAAGAAAUCUGAACGUUAUGAUUACUUUGCUCAACAGACAAGAUUUGGAAAGAAACGAUAUAACCAUCAUCCUGGAGUUACGGACUAUAUGGAUCGUUUAGUAGAUGAAACAGAAGCUCUUGGUGGGACAGUAAAUUCUUCAGCCUUAACUUCUAACAGACCUGAGCCUAUUCCUGAUCAACAGCUGAACAUUCUCAACUCUUUCACUGCCAGUGACUUGACAGCUUUGACCAACAGUGUAGCGACCGUCUGCAGUCCCACUGAUGUGAAUUGUUUGGAUGAUAGCUUUCCUCCACCGGGCAACACACCCCGUGGACAAGUAAAUCAUGUGCCUGUUGUAACGGAGGAGUUACUCACCCUGCCCAGCAAUGGGGAAAGUGAUUGUUUUAAUUUAUUUGAGACUGGAUUUUAUCACUCGGAACUAAAUCCCAUGAACAUGUGCAGUGAAGAGUCAGAAAGACCAGCAAAGAGAUUGAAAAUGGGCAUUGCUGUUCCUGAAUCCUUUAUGAAUGAGGUCUCUGUAAAUAAUUUGGGUGUGGACUUUGAAAAUCACACACAUCACAUCACCGGUGCCAAAAUGGCCGUUUCUAUGUCUGACUUUGGCAGUCUGUCUGCCAGCGAGACCAAUGGUUUCAUCAGUACACACGCUCUGCAUCAGCAUGCCACCCUUCACUCUGAGUGACAUGAAUGAGGGGCCCAGAAACAGUGGGUGUUGCAGUACCAGUAAACUUGAGGAAAGUAUCAGGUUUGCUUAGUCUUUCACUGGAAGUUUGAACAUUUUUCACUAUGACAUCAGUGAUGUCAGUAUGUAUAGAACUAUAUCUUGAUUUAUCAAGAGUAUUUUCAUUUUUCAAUCCAUAAAUGUGGAAAUGAACUAUGAUCAGCAGAGUUGGGAACUAAGAUUGAACUCUGUGGUGCAGCUUUAAGCUCUGCUUAUCUCUUCCUCAUCUCCCAAUACCUCUUCCCCACUCCCUUUUUCUAUUCUUUUCUGUUCCCUACUGCCCUUUCUCCCAAUUUAAAAACCUGUAGACAGAGGCCACCAGCUCAAAACCAGCACAGAUGUUCUGAACUGAAUGGAGUGGCUUCUUUUCAUGUAAAUUCCUUUUGCCGUAAUGGAUGCAGUGGAAUAACAAUGUUUACAGGUACCGAUCCAGAUCCCUGCUCAAUGUAGCAUUUUUGGGUUUAUUUUCUUAAUUAAAUAAAAGCAGGGGUAGGUUUCUUUAACUGCACAAACAUGCAAGGAUUUUUUUUAAAUGGAAACUUCUCUCAUGUUAUUCAACUAGAGCACUUCAGUUUACAAAACACCAAGUCCAUCUUGAUGGAAGCCAGCACGAGGAACUGCGUGCAAAUUAUGAAGACGCUUGCUUGGAUCCUGUUUCAAAAUUUUAGACCAGGGCUACCUUACACAGAAUUGGCCAUUUUAUUGUUGGAAGAUUUCUGUGUAACUUCAUUCAUUGGCUAAAAAUUUGGUGUUUGAAAUGUGGUAUUCAGAUGGGGUUUUGUCCACCCUUGUCAAGACUCUUUAAUUGUGAAAAUAAUACCGGUCAUUGAAAUUUAGUUUAUCCAGAGGCAACUGAUUUGCAAGGCACAGUCUACAAAUCCUAGGAUGUUGCCACUCAAUGGUUUACAUUUUGGGACACCUCUUUAAGUUGUUUGUAGCACUGCAGUUCAAAGUGUUAAUAUUUUAGGAGGGCCUUCUAGAUUUUACACUUAAUGCAGUAGAACCUUGAAGUAUAUUUAAGCAUUUUUUGUUUAGCUUGAAUAGUUGGCAAGCAAAAUGUGAAUUCCUAUCUGAAACAGAAUGGUACGUUACCACUUUUAAGUUUUUUAAAAAGUGAUGGACGUUCAGCUGCAUCUCAAAUUCAGUUUUAUUUUUAUUCCAAACAUUGUGACUGAGAAGCCAUUGUCAUAAACUUUGGCCAGUUUUGCUCUCCAGACAUGCAUCUUUAAGUUAUAAGGUGAAUUCAAACAAUAUGUAAUACAGUGUUAGGAUAUAAUAAGCUUUGCUUUUAUAAUUCAGUUAAAACACAAAAUUUUACUUUUUUGCACUGUCUUAAAAUUUUCAAUUUCUACUA